AUGGGCAUGAGCAGCAUGGUCGCUGAUUCAGUGGUGCGAGCGAUUGGUAUGGGCAUGAGUAGCAUGGUAGCCGGAUCAGGUCUUCUGCUUGCUCCACAUAUUGUCAGACUGGGUGACUACAUAAAAAUUCUACCAUUGCUCAUCAUGGGUUUCAUGGCGUUAUCGGCUGGAGUUUGCACAUUUUUCCUACCAGAAACUUUGGGAGCUCCGCUUCUUGAAGACGCAGAAAACUUUGGUAAUAAUAAGUCUCUUGCUUGA